AUGGUCAACAUCACGUCGCAGCUUCUGAGUUCUCCCAGCAACAAGUUCUCGCUUGAUCUGCUGCGUGAUGGAUUGCCUCGUGUGGAUAUUGUGUACAGUCAUGCCGGUUCCGACGGAGCCAUGGUGAGAGCCUGCGUUGCUGCUGGUGCUAGAGGAAUCGUGUCGGCCGGUUUCGGGCCAGGCUUGGGUACACCAGCCGAGAUUGCUGCCUUUGGUGAAGCCAUUAAAGAUUCCAAUGGGCAAAUCACUGUGGUGCAGUCGUCGAGGCUUGGAGCGGGGGUGGUUGUGGACAGCAAGCAGCACCAAAAACUGGGCAUUAUCGCUGGGAACGAUCUUAACCCUCAGAAGGCUCGCAUUCUCUUGGCUCUGUGUCUUGCAAAUAGUUGGACUCAUGAGCAAAUCAGGAAAGUAUUCGAACUUGCAUAA